ACCUGACUGCAGAAGCUUAUAUAUAGACAUCUAAGUUUUCUGUGCCCCACCACUUUUGUACAUAUAGAAACGCCACUGGUCAUAGCUAUUGUUUUAUUAUGGUCACAGCACCCAAAUAAUUAUUUAUGUCUUUAUUUGAUACUGAAUUUGACACAGUUAUGCUUUUUAAAAUAAUAAGAAAAUAUUAACUGGUCACCAACAGAGCAUUAUGAUAAAACAACGUCCAUCCAUCCUCCUCCGACCCUACCCCACUUGCCGUUGCCACAAAUAUUAUGGAUAUUGUGCGUUGCAGAUAAACCAGCAAAGAGCCCCAAUUUUCUAAUCUGCAUAUCAUUCUGUCAAAGGGCCAAUAUGUCCAAGUCAUUUCUGUAUUUAUAGGAUCAACAAAACAUGUUUUAAAUGUACUAGUGACAUGUAUGCUUCUCUUCUCUCCAGACACUACAUGAUGGCAGCGACGCACCUUGGUUCAGGGGGGACGAGCGAGGGGGCCGUCUCCGUCCCACCGCUGCGGCCGAUCCUCAGGAAGACAUGGGUGCUGGGCCUGAGCGUCUUCUACGUCUUCUGUGUCUCAAUCAUGGUGUUCCCUGCAGUCUCCUCAGGGAUCCAGUCUGCCAAUAAAGACAGUGGCAGCCCCUGGACCACCACUUACUUUGUGCCCAUCACCAGCUUCCUCCUGUACAACAUAUCAGACUUCUGUGGCCGGCAGUGCACGGCCUGGCUGCAGGUCCCAGGGCCGACCAGCAGGGUGCUGCCUGCCCUGGUGCUGUGCCGCUCCGUCAUGGUGCCCCUCCUCAUGUUCUGUAACUACCAGCCCAGGGACCACCUCAAGACUGUGCUUUUCGGCCACGACGUGUUCCCUGUGGUCUUUAACUGCCUGCUAGGCCUCACUAAUGGCUACUUAGGCACUCUGCCAAUGAUUUACGGCCCUAAGGUGGUCCCUCGAGAGCUGGCCGAGGCCACAGGAGUCGUCAUGUCCUUCUUCCUCACUCUGGGUCUGGCUGUAGGAUCUGCUUUCUCUGUGCUGAUUGUGCACUGCAUCUGACCAGGCUGUUGUCCUCUACAGGUGUGUAGUUGAACUAUACAGCAGACAGUGGCUGGACAGCAGAGACUGAUGAAGACCAGUGUUCUGACAUCAGGGGGAAAAAACGAUAAUCAUUUCAACGCUAACUAAAAAGCAUUUUUGCCUCUAACUCUACUGUAUUGUUUACUCUAAUGUGGCUCAUGAUGUUAGCCUUACUGUAUCUGCAACAUUAGCAAUGUGUGCAGUUCAUUAGUAAGACCUCAUCACAUCUAUUUGGUACAAGGGGUGAACAUUUGUGGUACAUAUAAAAUUGUGAUGCCAUGGUUGUUAAAUGUUAUUAAUUCUGACUAACAAAAUGUGGAUAGAAAAUAUCAGGGUUCUUACACUUUCUGCCACAUUUUUUAAAUCCAUAUUUUGAGUGUCUUAUCUUAUAUCAGUGGGGCCAUUUUCUUACUUGUAAACUAAUCUGAACUGCGAUGGCAUUCCUAAGAAGUCAAUCAGGGAUCUAGCAUCUUUUCAAAAUAUAUUAAGUUUAUGUUCAGUAGCUUACACUUAUACACUUGUACACAAAAGCCAUAACAUGUUGCACUGGGCAAGUAGUACACCUUUUUAUUAGGGAUUCUAACAAGUCUAUUUUUUUUUUCAAUAGCUUCUGUCAUGUGACCCAAUCAAUUCAGUAUUGUAUAAUGACACCUCAAUUCGAAAAUGUGUGGUAGAAAUAAUUGUAAUUUCUACCCAAUCACUUUCAUGACUGACUCCCAAACCAUAAAAAUAAGCUGGAUUUAA